AUGGCUUCUUCAUUGAAAUCCAAAAGGAAAUAUCAUGUGUUCUUGAGUUUUAGAGGCGAGGACAUCCGGAAUAACUUCCUUGGUCAUCUCUACAAAGCUCUUGAUCAGAAAGGAAUUUACACUUAUGUUGAUAGCGAGGAGCUCAGGAAAGGAGAGCAAAUAGCUCCAGCGCUUAUGAAGGCAAUCGAGGAAUCACGGAUCGCGAUAAUCAUUUUCUCCAAGGAUUACGCUUCCUCAUGGUGGUGUUUGGAAGAGUUGGUGAAAAUCAUUGACUAUAAGAAAGCAAGAGAUCUCAUGGUCUUUCCUUUGUUUUACAAAGUGGAACCUAGAGAACUGAGAACACCAAGAGGGAGCUAUAGAGAUGCUAUGGCUAAGCAUGAGUCCAAGUAUGGGAAGGAUUCAAAGGAAUUGAAGAGAUGGGAGAAAGCUCUUUCUGAUGCCAGUUACUUGUCCGGAUGGCCUUUGAAAGAUGGGUAA